GCCAUUCUCUCCCCUCUCCAAUGGUCCAAAAUGCAAGCCCUAAUGCCUCCCCAAAUCCCUAACCCUAACCCUAGCUCCUGCGGGUCCCACCACCGCCGGGCCCACUCCGAACACCCGUUCCCCUCCGACGCGGGCGCGGGUUCGCUGCCGGAUUUCGGAUCCGAAGACGAUCUCUUUCACAUGUAUUUGGAUAUGGAGAAGGUCGAAGGGGUCGGGGAUUCGUCGGACCCGGAUCCGAUAAGGAGGGCGAGGCAUCGGCAGAGCCUGUCGGUGGGCGGGUUCGGGUACGGGUCUGGAGAGGCGAGGAAAGCCAUGGCGCCUGAGGAGCUGGCCGAGCUCGCCGUUGUCGAUCCCAAGAGGGUAAAAAGAAUUCUCGCAAAUCGGCAGUCCGCUGCUCGCUCGAAAGAAAGGAAAGCUCAUUAUAUUUCAGAUCUUGAGAGGAAAGUUCACUCCCUUCAGUUUGAAUUAACAACACUUACUGCACAGCUUUCGCUGUUACAGCGAGAUACAGCUGGGCUGGCAACAGAAAAUCACGAGCUUAAGUUACGGCUACGAAUAAUGGAGCAUCAAGCCCAGUUGCAUGAUGGUAAGCCUUUUGUUCUAUUACUUGAGAAGCAAAAAACAUUAAUAUCGCAUAAUAAACCACUUCUACCUCAUCACCUAGAACAACAGCAGCAAAAUUUUAGCUUUAAUCAGCGCACUCCAUCACCUCGGCCUCAUUUUAAUCAUCACCCACAACCUCACUCCCAGUUCUCUCGGCCUCAAGCCAUCUUUUCGAAUCACCAGAACAGUUUCAACCAAUGCCAUGACCAAGAUUUCUCAGAUAUAAUGCUGCUGCAUCAGGAUGAGAUCUCAGAGAUGCAGGAAUUGGAUGGUAGCAAUGGAUCUCAAAUUGUGCAGGCAGAGAGCUCCAACGCCUUCUGA